AUGAUCAAGAUUCAGAUUCAGUCAGAUCUACAUCUCGAGGCGCCAAAGGGUUACGAUGUAUUCGAGGUUACUCCGAAAGCUCCAUAUCUUGCCCUUCUGGGAGAUAUCGGUUGUAUUGCCAAAGACUAUGACGACUACGCCAACUUUUUGUUCACUCAAUUGCGACAAUUCAAGGUCGUUUUUUUGGUCAUGGGCAAUCAUGAACCCUACCACGCGAGCUGGCCUCAAGCAAAGAUUCUGAUAGGCAAAUUCAACGCGAGUGUAGAGGCUCAAAAGCAAGGCGGAGCGGAGGAGCUCGGUUCUUUUGUCCUGCUUGACCGCACUAGAUUCGAUAUCGACGACGGCGAGGACCACAUCACAAUCCUCGGGUGCACGUUAUUCUCAGACGUGCCUCCGGAGUCUCAUGAGGCUGUCAGUUUUGGGCUCAAUGAUUUCUAUCACAUCAGGGAUUGGGAUAUCGAGAAGCAUAACAAGGAGCACCGACGUGAUGUCGAGUGGCUCGAGUCGGAAACUCAAGCUCUGGAGGGCUCGGGCAGGAAGGUCGUCAUCUUUACUCACUAUUGUCCGACUGAGGAUCCUCGGGCUAAAGAUCCUCGACAUGGAGAAAGUGCGAUCAGGUCUGGUUUUGCCACCGACCUGGCAGACAAUUCUGCUUGGCGAAGUGAUUCAGUUACGAUUUGGGCCUUUGGCCAUACCCAUUGGAACUGUGAUUUCAUAGAUGAGCGUGGAAAGCGGGUAUAUGCUAACCAGCGGGGAUACUACUUUAGACAAACCACAGGGUUUGACGGGACAGCUGUGGUAGAGAUGUAG